CUCGUCGCUGAAUCUCCGAGAAAAAAUUGUACCAAUAAAGAAAGGAAAAAGAAAUCAGCUCUGAGAAAAAACGAAGCCCUGCUUUCUCUUCAAUGGCUACUUCGGAAUCCCAAAAUCCCUCCUCCUCCUCUUCGAAUCCCGGAGGUAGAUACGACAUUUUCUUGAGUUUUAGAGGCUCAGACACCCGCAAAAAGUUCACUGAUCACCUCUACCACGCUCUCAUGCGCGAGGGCUUCCAAACAUUCCGAGACGAUGACGAGAUCGAGAGGGGUGAGGUUAUCAAAUCCGAGUUGCUGGAAGCAAUCAGGAAUUCCAGGAUGUCGGUGAUCGUCUUAUCGGAAAACUACGCCAAUUCGACGGCAUGCCUAUUUGAACUCCAGACGAUUCUCGAACUGUGUAAGAAGUCAGAUCAUUUCGUUUUGCCCGUGUUUUACGAGGUGGAACCUUCGGUGGUCAAGGAGCAGUCAAUGAAUCUGGUUUUCGGUAAAAAAGAAGUGGCGGCUGAGAAAGUGAAGGGAUGGAGUGCAGCGCUUAAAGAGGUUGCGAGUAUGGCUGGGAUGGUUUUCGAGAAGGAAUCUGAUGGCUAUGAAGCCAUGUUCAUUGAGGAAAUUGUUGGUGUACUCAAAGGCAAGCUAGCUCUCAAUGACCUGAGUAUUGACAACCAUCUAGUAGGUAUGGAUUCGCGAACCGAGCAUGUUAAUUGCUGGCUAAAAGAUAAGUCGGGUAAGGUUGGCAUUCUUUUGAUAUGUGGAAUGGGUGGAAUAGGGAAGACGACGAUUGCUAAAGUUGUGUACAAUUCAAACCAUGAUAGAUAUGAUGCUGCCUGUUUUCUCGAAAAUAUUAGGGGAGUUUCCAAAGGACACAAUGGAUUAGUUCGUUUGCAAAGACAUCUUCUUUCAGAUAUUUUAGGGAAAAAGGAGCGCAUAACCAAUGUUGAUGAUGGACGUUGGCGGAUCAAGUAUGCAUUAAGUAACAAAAGAGUUCUUCUUGUCCUUGAUGAUGUGGAUCAUACAGAACAACUAUUUGCAUUAGCUAGCCAAGAAGAUUGGUUUUCUCCGGGAAGUAAAAUUAUCAUAACCACUAGGCUCGAGAGCAUUAUGAAGGGUGCUGAUAAUAUUUAUGAUGUGUACUGGCCUGGAAAAUUAUCCAAUGAUGAAUCACUUGAGCUUUUCAGUUGGCAUGCUUUUAGACAAAAGUGCCCUAUUCAAAGUCACAUGGCCAUAUCAAAAAAGUUUGUGCAAUACUGUGAUGGGCUUCCUUUAGCUCUUCAAGUACUGGGGUCUUCUUCUCGACGGAAAGAUACAGCUCAAUUGGAAUAUGAAAUCCACAAAUUGCAAACAGGUUAUUAUGACGCAAUCCUGAAAAUACUCCAAAUAAGCUAUGAUUCUCUAGCAGAUGACCAUGAUAAAAAUCUAUUCCUUGACAUAGCUUGUUUCUUUGUUGGAAAGAAGAAAAAUGAUACGAUAAUAAUUCUGGAAGGUUGCGAUUACUACGCACUUGCUGGAAUUCAUAAUCUCGUCGAUAGAAAUCUCUUAACAAUUGAAAAGAACAAGCUGGAAAUGCAUCAGUUACUUCAGGACAUGGGAAAACAAAUUGUUUUGUGUGAAUCUGUUGAAUAUCCAGAGAAGCGUAGCAGAAUUUGGCAUCCUAAAGAAUCCUCCAAAAUUUUGCAAGAAAAAAUUGGUACGGAAAACAUUGAAGGCCUCAUACUCGACAAGAACAUGUUGAGAAAUUCCAACAUGGUUGUGAUUGAAGCAUAUACAUUUAACAAGAUGUAUAAUUUGAGAUUACUCAAGCUGAGUGGUGUACAACUCUCUGGAACUUCUAAGGCAUUUCCCAAAGGAUUACGAUGGUUGUAUUGGCGUGGUUUUCCUUCAGAAUCUUUCCCUAAUGAUUUUCCUCUAGAGAACUUGGUCUCUCUUGACAUGCGUUAUAGCAACUUGAAACAAGUUUGGAAAGGAACUAAGGUUCUUGGAUCUUUGAAAAUUUUAAAUCUCAGUCACUCCCCAAAACUUGCAAAAACUCCAGAUUUUUCGAGAAUCCCCAACCUAGAGAAAUUGGUUCUAAAAGCUUGUCCAAGUUUGUUCGAGGUUGAUGAAUCUAUCGUAGAACUACAGAGGAUGAAGUCACUGAAUCUACGAGAUUGCAAAAGUCUGAGAAAGCUUCCAAGAAAUAUUGGUAUGGUAGAAUCUCUUGUAGAAAUAGAUAUUUCUGGUUGCUCAAAUCUUAUGGGGGCAAUAGAGGAGCUGGAGAAGAUGAAAUCACUGCAAGUGCUUAAUGCUAGUAGAAUGGAAAUAAAUCGUGUCCUCACUGGAAGUGCUUACCCUUGGUUUUGGCCUGGGGUUCCAAAACCAGGGGUACAAAUGUCAUUGGCCUCUUUACCAAGCUCUUUGGUACGUUUAAAUAUUUCUAGUUGCAAUCUCACUGAUGAUGCAUUUCCCAGGGAUCUUAAGCUGCCCAAGUUGCAGUAUUUAUCUCUUGGUGGAAAUCCAGUUUCUAGCCUACCAAACUUUAUUAAAGAUCUUCCAGUUCUCCAAAUAUUGGAUAUAUCCCGUUGUCCAAAGCUCCAGCAGAUUCAAUGGCCAUCGACUGUCGUACAGCAUGUGGUUGUCACACAGUGCGAUGCAUUGGAAAAAGUAACGUUUGAGCCUGGGACAGAAAAUGUAGGCGUCACACAUACUUUUUGCUGGAAUUUAAAUCACACUCAGUGCCGUCACAAUUUCUUACCUGUCAGAGAAGCUGAUGUGGAACUGAUCCAAACUAGUAUUGACUUCUUACGCCUGGACUCUUUGGCAGAUGUUGAGGUUACUAUGAUCAAAUACCCUAUGUCGUUGUUUGGCAAGCGUCCCGUUCAGAUAAUGUAUGAAAAAAAUGUAUUCAACACAUUUUUUCCCGGAAGAGAAGUUCCACAUUGGUUUAGCAAUAAGAACGGUGGAUCCACCAUAUCAUUUACUGCGACCUUAUCUCCUCAUUUCCGUUUUCGAGGCUUGAAUCUUUGUGCGGUUUGCACACGCCCGGCCAAGAAUAAAUUGCUUCAAUCACCCUUCUAUUAUGAAAUCAGUAACAAGAGGACUGGCAAGAACAUGUUACUCUAUAGACCAAGAGAUUAUGGCAUUCCAGAAGAUGGUGAAGAUUUGGUAUGGUUAAGCCAUUGUCUCAUCCCAUAUCUAUUUAAAGAGGGCGAUGAAGUGGAAGUUUUGUUCGGGAUUACUGGUGGUGGACAAAUUAAGGAGUGUGGAGUCCACCUUUUAUACUUCGAGAAAGAGGCAGAAGUAUGCCAAUACAUUAGCACUAUACACCAUUCAUGGGAUUCAAGCAUGCAUGUACUUUCAGGUGUUAAAUGUCAAUUGUGAUGGAUUCGGAUGGAGUCCAGCAACGAAGGUUAGCACAUGCAGAUGGAAGCUAAGAGCAAUGGACCAAGGGUUGGAGGCAAGAUGGGAGUGAAGAUGCAAAAAUCAAAGGCACAAUGUGUCCAAACAAGCUUCAAAUCAUUCCAGACGAGUAGAAAACAUGGUCAGAAAGUCUGUCUAAGCCAUCCAAGCAGACAAUGUGUCCAGAUAAAUUCUCACUUGUGUUCAGACACAAUUCUCGCAUGUACUCUGGACGGAUGUAGCCGACUUAAGCCAUUUUCUUCGACUUUUUGAACUUUGAAAGGCCAACUUCGGCUUGGAGCUAUUUAUAAGCCAAUUCUCAGUUAGCGGAGGAAGUUGAUGACAGAGCAGUACGAUUUCAUUACACAAUAGGUUGAAUUGCAAGCUGUGUCACUGAAUUCUUCACCUAGUAUGAAUUGCUACCCAGCAUGAAUUGAUCAUUACACAAUUGGUUGAAUUGCAAGUCGCUUCUCUCGGACAUGAUUCGUGUGUAUUGGAUGAUUCUCUUAAGAGAUCCCAAAAUGCUAAAAGUCUCAGACCUGCCGGACCCAAUACUCUACUUGUUGAAUUUCUGCUAGUGUUUGUUUU